CCCCCCCAUCCACUGCGCCUGCUCAGUAAAGCGAACAGAACCCGGCAGCUCGGCUAAGUGAGAGGAACUGCAGCACGCCGCAGCACCACACGGUUGAACCUGCUGCUGCUGCCGCCGCCGCCCCGCGAGUCGUGAUUUGCAACCCCAGAUCCCGACUCCCUUUGGCUCGGUCCGGGCGCCCCAGGCCCGGCCCGGGCGGCGCGACGGGAGGAUGAGCAGUGGGCGGCGGAAGGAGGAGCCGCCUCAGCCGCAGCUGGCCCACGGGGCCCUCAAAGUCUCUGUCUGGAGCAAGGUGCUGCGGAGCGACGCAGCCUGGGAGGACAAGGAUGAAUUUUUAGAUGUGAUCUACUGGUUCCGACAGAUCAUCGCUGUGGUCCUGGGUGUCAUUUGGGGAGUUUUGCCAUUGCGAGGUUUCUUGGGAAUAGCAGGAUUCUGCCUGAUCAACGCAGGAGUCCUGUACCUCUACUUUAGCAACUACCUACAGAUCGAUGAGGAAGAAUAUGGCGGCACAUGGGAGCUCACAAAAGAAGGGUUUAUGACAUCUUUUGCCUUGUUCAUGGUCAUUUGGAUUAUCUUUUACACUGCCAUCCACUAUGACUGAUGGUGUACAGCUCCUACCAGUUCCCUAUCCAGUGCAAAGGACCCUUUUAAUUACAGCACAUAAACAUGAUUGUUGGGGCACUCCAGCCACAUGGAACCUGGAAGACCAACCCAUGUUUCCCGGACUGAGAAUCAGUGUGUUGGGCAUCAGUGUUUUCUACAAGGGUUGUGACCUGAAACUUUUUAAAGAACCAUCCACCUUUGGGGGAAGCAUUUCUGAAUUUGUCCAUCACCAACCAUCUCUCCUUGGAUACCAUCAGCAUGUAACAGCCGUUUGCCAAGUGGAGCUGUCAUUUAGUUUGAUACACCUCUGGAUCUGGAUGAAACAUUAAAUUGUCUUCCUCAGUCCUCCAUCAGGUGUACAGGUUUUAAGCUAUCAGUGGCAUUUCAAGUCUUCUCAAAACAGUAUGGCAAUAUGUGCGUGGUCCAUAGCACAGUAUAAGCAGCACCUAGUAAGUUUCCAUUGUAGAAUGUUUUCAGAUACUUGAAUAAAUCAGAUCUUCGACAGCC